UGGCAUCAUGGUCUUGGGUUUGUGAUCUGUCUUCAGAAUGAAUUUAGGCUUUUUUGGAUUGCCUGGUAACUGCUGCUGUUUAACAGCAGUGUGUCUUUACCACGUUCUCACACUUAAAGCAGAACUAGCAACUCUCCGCAGCGAGCUGAUCUACAGAGUCCAGGCAAGAGCUCCGCUACCCCAGGCCCAGGAUGAGAGUAAAGAGGCUACUGUAUUCUCUUCUUCCUUGCAGUUAACAGCAGCUGCUGCCAGGCAGGAAAUCAGGCUGCCUGCUUCUGAGGCAGGUGAAGGCGAUGAAAAGAGAGGCUGGAGUACAGGCAGAAGCAGAGGGAGAAGGUCUGCGCUGCCCACAGAAGAAAUAAUGCUACAGGCCUGUCUGCAAUUGAUUGCCGAUAGCAAAAGUAACAUCCAACAAAAAGAUGACUCAAGUAUUGUUCCAUGGCUUCUUAGCUUUAAAAGAGGAACAGCUCUGGAAGAGCAAGGAAAUAAAAUAUUGGUCAAAGAAACAGGUUACUUUUUCAUAUAUGGUCAGGUUUUAUAUACAGAUACAACAUUUGCUAUGGGACAUCUAAUACAAAGGAAAAAGGCUCAUGUAUUUGGUGAUGAUCUCAGUUUGGUGACAUUAUUUCGUUGUAUCCAAAACAUGCCUCAUUCUUAUCCUAAUAAUUCUUGCUAUACUGCUGGUAUUGCAAAAUUAGAAGAAGGGGAUGAACUUCAACUUACAAUACCACGGAGAAGGGCCAAAAUAUCAUUGGAUGGAGAUGGCACUUUUUUUGGUGCAGUUCGACUCCUGUGAUACUCUACAGUUUUGCAUCAUUCUUAUCUCUGUUCUCUUUUUUGUGUUUAUGUAAUUGAAAAAAAUGGAGAUACAGUUAAGCGGCCAAUUCAGUCUUUUUUUUUUUUUUAAACCCCCUUUCUUUGGUUUGAUGAGCCAGCCCAAAACAGGAAACCCAGCAGACAUACUUCUGAUGUGACUGUCAUGUGAAUUACCAGAAAUAUAGGUUAUUUUAGGCAAUAGAGGAAUAAAAAUACCAGUGGCUAUACA